CCACCUGUGUCUCGAGAGAAGCUAGAGGAAGGGCUUCAACAACAUGGUCAGGAGGCUCGUUCCACGCUCCCACCACCCUCUGUGUACACAAAAGUGCCUCCCGCUCCCAGUUUCACAUACAGUUCCGCUCGAUGUCCUCUUGUUCGUGCUUCACCGCUAGUUCAGACGGUUAGUUCAGCUGGGUUGUCUUCACCGUUACCUCUGAGGACUCGAGUUGGGUCCCACGGUAGUCUGCGCCGUUCAGGACUGAAGAGGUUCAGUACCUGGAAGAGAGAAAAAAAGCAGUGUCCCCCCCGAAAACUUCGAGGCGGCACCUCACCUGUUCUGACUGCACUCCAGGAUCCGCACGACAGAUCAGGUCGUGGGAAUGACGUCUCUGUGCGCUGACACGGAGCCAUCGCAGCACGACGCGAGAAAGCCGACUCGCCGGCUGGCCUGUCUGUUAGGAUUUAUGACCUGUCGGGGCUUGUCUGCGGCGUCCUAGCGCCAGGGCUGCUGAUAAAAUACUUCCCGGGGUCAGGAGGAGAGGCAGGCAUGUACGGAGUGACACGAAUCCAGCUUCCGCCCGCUCUGCUCCACACACCUCUCCCGCAGGAGGUUGCGGGUGCAACCACGCUCCGUGUCCGGCACGGUCACCGCCGCUGCGCCUGCACUCCUGCCAGACCUGCGGGCCCUUCCCUGCCCAGCCCGCAGCGAUCUGCGCUGGAUGCCACCUGUAUGACGCGAUCCCCCGCGACGGCGCAUGUCCACGCUGCAGGCAGGAGCAAAGCGAGUUGUCUGCGCCCCCCGGUGCGCGGGCUGCCUCUGCGCGAAUGCAGGCGGCGCAGCCGGGCCCCGGCCGCUGAUUGGCUGGCGGCGCAGCGGGCCCUGGCCGCUGAUUGGCCGGGGACACGCCCAGGAAGUAGUCGCGCAGAAAGCGAGACGCCCGCUCUCUCUCCAGGGCUGUGGGAAGGCGCUGCAGAAGUUUUGCAGUAGUCGGGAAUGUUUCUAUUUUAAUAACGGCUGUUUUUUUAAGAAACUCGUUGUGUGUGUGAGGCGGGCUGUUUUAACGGGACCCCAGAGCUGCCCAGGGCCAUGUAGCGAUUCCGACUGCGAUCCAGCGAGCCCGCCGAGACGAUGUGCUGUGCGCUGCCCGUGUCGACAGGAUAUCGAAAUAUUUCUGGAGUUCCGACGGGAAAUAAACGACUCGGUCCGACUCGCUAACUGGUUAGAGAGGGCUGCCCCUUACCGGAGUGAUCUGCGGACCUGAGCGCCUGUACCCGCAUAGCUCUCGCCCUGCCUCUCCUCCAACAUGACACCCGAUCUCCUCAACUUCAAGAAGGGCUGGAUGUCGAAGCUGCACGAGAAUGGCGAGUGGAAGAAGCACUGGUUUGUCCUGACGGAUGCUGGCCUGAAGUACUACAGGGAUUCAGGAGCGGAGGAGAAGGAUGACCUGGACGGAGAGAUUGACCUGCGCUCCUGCGUCGACGUGUCCGAGUUCAACGUGGAGAAGAAUUACGGGUUUCAGAUACAUGUCAGUGUGAGGCUGUGGGCAGCCUGUUUAACGAGGUCUCUCCACCUUAGGUUGACGGACAACGGCAGCGAUAAGGAAAACUCCCUCUCGAGAGAUCGCCCAGCGACUCGCCGUGGGUCAACGCGCUACCAGCAGGAGGGGGGGUCAGAGGUCACGCCCACCCUGACCCCCCGACGCUUCGACUACGUGGAGCUGGCUCCUGUGACCGCAGCCUCCGACCUCGGAGGGGCGGGGCUUUCAUCCCCGGCCAACGAGGGAGAAGAGGGGGAGGGACUGGGGAAGGAGCAGGCCCAGCGAUUGGAGGACAGAAGCCGCUGGUUCCAGACGGCCCCCGCGUCCAAUGCAACGAACACCAGCAGCCAAUGGGAUGCUGUUCUGUCCCGGAAAGCGGCGGGGCCGCUGGGUGGAGCCCCACCCACCACUGCGGAGCAGAGGCAGCGAUUGGAGGAGGAGAUCGAGAAGCGGUGGGUGGAGUUUGAGAGGCUCCCCCUCCGGGAGAUGCGGUCGGUGCCUCUGAUUGGCUCGCGCUCCGGGCAGCCGGCCAAUGAGGCUCUGCAGAAAGAGGUGGCGUCUCUCAGGCAGCAGCUGGACCGCCUGCGGGGGGCGGGGGGCUGUGGCCCCGGCAGCCCCUGUGCGCGGAGCCUGGAGGCCAUGGAGCGCGCUCACAGGCAGGCGCUGGAGGAGAUGCAGAGGCGGCAUGACCGGGAGAAGAGAGAGCUGGAGGGGGAGAGGGAGCGGCUGCUGGAGGAGGAGACUCAUGCCACUGCCCAAGCGAUGGACGCCCUGAGGAAGGCCCAC